UGGCCCUUGGUGCUGUGGCGCACGGUCGCGCCGCGCGCCCUGCCUCGCAGGCCCCGCAGCGCCUAGCGCGCGCACGCGUGUGUGCGCACGAGUGCCGUAUUCGGGGCCGAGCGCGAGGACCGCGAGCCCCGAGAAGGAACAGCCCCGGAGUGACGAGCGAGUGGCGGCGCGACGGCCGGAGCGGCGAAUGACGAGGCCAGCAGGGCGUGUGCGUCUUCGGCGGUGCUUCUCCCAGCGUUAGCAAAGGCACGAGCAGUCCGUGCGGAGGCAUGGGCGCAGCAGCGGCAGGAGCAGCGGCAGCAGUGGCAGCAACGCGCGGCGUCUCCUCCGCGAGAUGAGCGAGCUACAGGCCACCCUCGAGUUCUCCCUCGAGCUUUGCAAGUUUUACAAUGUCGACCUCUUCCAACGCGGCUUCUACCAGAUCCGGACUUCCCUGCGAGUCUCGCCCAAACUGCCUAUCAAGGUCGAAGUCAACCAGAUUUCCAAUCGCUUGGUCACGAAGAGCAGGGACAAAAAGAAAGAGUCGCUGGAGGCGCCGGGCACGAGCAAGCGUUUCCAAAUACUCUAUCGGAACGAGGAGGUGACGCUGGGCACCUCGGUGCUCUUUCGGGCACACGUCCUCGUCCACAGCCACAAAAUCGAGGAAGCCCUCGCGCGGACCAACUUCCACCUCGGCGUCGAUCUGUGGUUCGGCGAGCCCGGACAGUCGACCAGCAUGACCUGCGUCUCAUCCAGGGCGCUGCAGUUGAAUUUCACGCCGACCAAGGGACUUCACUAUCACCUGCCGGUACUCUUUGAUUACUUCCACCUGGCGGCCGUGUCCAUCACCGUACACUGCUGCCUGGUGGCGCUCCAUCAGCCCAACAUCAAGAAGAGCAUCCUCCAUUACGUACAGAGCUGCGCGCCGAGGGGAGGCAAGUCUUGGUCGCAGGCUAAGCAGACAGCCAACGGCGCCGACAGCAAUCCGUUCUCCAAAUAUCCCGAAACGACGCCGCGGACGCAAAGCGCCAAGCUGGUGCAGCAGGAGGUGGCGAGGUUGCUGCUGGAGGCGCGCGAGAAUCUCCUCGGCGAGCUGGCCGAAAUGGCGAGACUGCUGCCCGCCUGGCAGCAGCGCACGCUCGAGCUCGCCCAGAGCACGCACCAGGAGCUCACCAAGAUGAUGGACGUCGAGGAGGCGGACGUGGCGCAGCUGUGCGCGCGGAACAUCCUGCUCUGGGAGCACUUCCUGGAGGCGUUCUCCGGCAGGGACGCGGUCCACCGGCACUUGGCGCGAGUGCACCACCAGCUGAGGGUUCGUGCCGGGCCGCGAGCCGCCGCCGGCUCGCGGCUCCCAGACCCGCCCCGCCCUCGCGCCCCGCUAGCCGCCGCUCGCCCCCUCUCGCUCGCUCUCUCUCUCUCUCCUCUCCCGCAGGUGCGUCGUUUCGCCGAGGGCUUCUUCGUGCAGGAGAACCCGCGGACGUCGGCGGCGGGCUGCUACGACGCCAACUACCAGACGUACCAGGCCGUGAGCGAGGCGGCCAGACGCUCGCGAUACCUGGCCGCGCUGCCCAACCUGCCGGUCCACUGUCCCGAGCUCGACGGCGACCUGCACAGCCUGCCGCUGAUCUUCGAGGACCGCUACGCCGACGCGCAGCCGCGGCAGUGCAGCAGCGUGCCGGGCCUGGACGACUGCAGCUGCGGCACGGGCGCGGGCCCGUGGGACUGCCGGGGCGGCUGGUCGCCGAGCUCGGAGGGCGCGAGCCUGCCGGCGCGCCACAGCAAGUCGCUGGACCAGCUGGGCCCCGAGCUCGCGGCCGCGCGCCGCCCGGCGUCGGCGAGCGCCGCGCCGUCGCCCACCAACCGCGGCCUGCCGCGGAGCGCCUCCAGCCAGCUGAUCGGCGGCGGCGGCGGUGGCGGCGGCGCCAGGAGCCAGCGCGCGGCCGGCAGGCUGGCCGCGCCGAGCCCCCCGAGCCCCCCGAGCCCCCCGGCGCCGCUGGCCACGCUGCCGCGGGCCAAGUCCACGCAGACGCUGCCGCGCCAGGGCCUGCGCUCGCAGCCGGCGACGGGCGAGGCCCGCGGCGAGGGCGCGCGCUCGCGGUCCAUCACCUCGCUGCUCGCGGCCAUGUUCCCGGAGAUUCCGCGCGGCGGGCAGUUGCCUGGCUACCGGCCCUCGGCCGCCGGACCCGCCGUGAAGCUGCCCGGCUGCGUGGGCAGCCUUGACCUCGCGCAGAUAGCCGACAACACGUCUCUGUACGCCGAGACCGCCUUCUUCACCGAUGUGACGGCCAGCCCUGCGGACGCGCGCUCGCCGCUGCAGCGGCCACCUCUGGACGCCGAGCCGAGGGCCAACGCCGAGGUCCUGUACACGGCCAAUCCGGACCGAGCCGGCUGCCGCGGGCAGCGCAAGCAGUCGGUCGGCAGUGCUGCUGCAAGUUGGUUCGACGAUAAACGGCCGCGUUGCGUUCCGCAAUUGAAUUACGCGUCCAACUGCAGACUCGGGGCGAGUAACAAUGGGGCGCUAGAGCAGCCGCGGAAGUACAACACCGUGGGCAGAUCGAGCGCCGCUCAGCGAGCUCGCCAGCAGCCGAUGAACAACGGCACGAGUCAGGCGCACGAGUCGCCGACUUACGGCACUCUGCAGGCGAGAAGGACCAACGGCAGCGCGCACUCGCUGCCAAAGAGGCCCAAGAGUUCCGACCGCGCUUUCGACCACCACGACGAUCCGUGGAAGCGGAACCACCAAAUCUGCAAGGACAGCAACGGCGGCGCGAACAAACGACGAGCCGACGAGCGUCGGAAAGAGCCGCUUUACGACGCCAACCACGCCAACCACGCCAACCACGCCAAUCAGAACGGCGCGAGCAAGGACUCGAGGCCGAGCGUUCAGUGCCGACGACAGAGAGCCCCCAAGCCGAGCAACCAGAACUGCAGAGCGCGCUCGGCUCCCAGCAUCAGGAUAGAGAAGUGCGACGACGAGCAGGCGAAGAACGGCGAAACCGUCGGCAAGAAGCUGGGUCACCCGCCGCCGCCCGUCGCCUACCAAGACCCACGCUCGCCCAGCCCGACCAAGCAGCCGAGCGCGAGCGCGCGCGUCCUCGAGCUGGAGAACCACGAGGGCAGCGUCGAGAACGACGACCACAGCGGCAGCGGUGGCAGCGGAGGCAGGCUGAGCUCGAAGUUGGAGUCGCUCGGUCCGGCGAUACUGUCGCCGAUCUCCUUGCCGUCGGUCAACUCGUUCAACGUGGUGGUGACCGGGGACGCGGACCCGACGCCGAGCGGCAAGCGUCUGCGCUGCGCGAGCGUGCCCGUCGCGCAGAACAAGCUCGUCGUGCCCCGCUCGGCAGUCUCGAUGCCGUGCAUGCCGAUCGGAGACGCCGCGUCGCAGCGGCCCGCCGCGAGCAGCGCGCCCGAGCAAGUCGUGGCAAGGCUGUCGCCGCCGACGUCGAGACCGUCGAGUCCGACUCUGAGCACGAGCUCGAGCAACCUCACGUCCGAGUGUAGCGGCUGGGUGAGUAGCGGCGACACGUCCAGUUCGGAGCUGAGCCAGGCCAAGCUGUCGAGCGGACAGCUGCGCCAGAAGCUGGCCAAGCUCGCGCCGAGGAAGCACGGCGGCGCCAAGGUUGGCCUCCCGGAGACUCGGGUCGGCGAAGCGGCGAGUGCUCGAUCGCGCCACUUGUUUCAGGACCACGGCAGUCCCCGCGACGGGACCGAGCGCUCGGCGCCCGCGGCACCGGCAGCCGCGAGGCACGGCUACGAGGAGGUGCGGCUGCCACCGCCAAAGAUGUUCCGGGACGAGCCGCCGCCUCCCGAGGAGUUCCGCGACCCACCGUCGCUCGGCCCUGCACCGUCGGCGACCACGAUAGACAAUCCGCUGUACCACGUGUACGAGUCGGCGAAGCAGCAGCAGCAGCAACAGCACUACCACCACCACCACCACCACCACCACCACCAUCGCCACGAGCAGCAGCAGCAGCAGCAGCAGCAGCAGCAGCAGCAGCAGCAGCAGCAUCACCACCAGCAACAUCGACGGUCGCGCAGUCCCCAGCAGACCAAGACUGCGCCGUGCAGUCCGCAGAGCAACAAGCAGAGGAUCAGCGACAGUCUGGCCUACGGCAUGGGCAGUCGCGGCGACAUCUGCGCCGACUGCUACCAGGAGGGCAAGCAGCUGCUGCAGUCGACGCAGGACGACUUGACGACUUUCAGCAAGUGCAAGGACGAGUUCAUGCGGCAGAUGUGCUUCACCGGCAGGACGUACAGCGACUGCCUGUCGCUGGCCUCCACUCUGCCUUACUUCCACGCGGGCGACGAGUACAGGCUGUUCUCGGCCGAGGGCGUCCACCUGAUCGUCUGCGUGCACGGUUUGGACGGCAACGCGGCCGACCUGCGCCUCGUCAAGACCUACCUGGAGCUGGGCUUGCCCGGCAUGCAUCUGGACUUCUUGAUGUCGGAGAAGAACAAGGGCGACACCUUCUCCGACUUCGACACGAUGACCGACAGACUGGUCGGCGAGAUCCUGCACCACAUCGACAGCUCCGGGAUCGAGCCGGGCAGAGUGAGCUUCGUCGGACACUCGCUCGGCAACAUCAUCAUCAGGAGCGCGCUGACGAGGCCGCAGCUGAGGCCGCUGCUGCCCAGGCUGCACACCUUCUUGAGCCUCAGCGGGCCGCACUUGGGGACGCUCUACAACACCAGCGGGCUCGUGAACGCCGGCAUGUGGUUCAUGCAGAAGUGGAAGAAGAGCGGCUCCCUGCUGCAGCUGGCGAUGAAGGACGCGACCGACGUGCGCCGCUCGUUCAUGUUCCGACUCAGCCAGAAGAGCAACCUGCACAGGUUCAAGCACGUGCUGCUCUGCGGGAGCGCGCAGGAUCGCUACGUGCCGCUGCACUCGGCGCGGAUCGAGCUCUGCAAAGCUGCCGUUCGCGAUCCCACCGACCAAGGCGCGGCGUACAGGGAGAUGGUGCAAAACAUCCUCUACCCAAUAAUAUCAUCGGCAAACGUAAGUUUCAUCCGCUACGACGUACAUCAUGCGUUGCCACCAACGGCAAACGCUUUGAUCGGCCGCGCCGCCCACAUCGCCGUCCUCGACUCGGAGCUCUUCAUCGAGAAGUUUCUACUGGUCACGGGCCUCAAGUACUUCAGAUAAGAGCGUCGUCCUUCUUCUGGUUUUACCAUCUUUCUGUCUUCCGUUCUCCUCGUUUGCUCGUCGCGGACAGAUUUUUCACCGCGAUGCUUCUCCGACAACUUUAUAACAAAAAGUUGUCCGUUUAUAUAUAUAUAUAUAUAAACCGACGUUCUUUGUAACUUCUUGACGAAUCACACUUCGGCAUCGUUCGUUCGACGAUAAUCUAUCGCACGAUUUUUUACUUGAAACUUUCGCUUAAUAUUCGCUGUACAUGAAUUGUGUAAAUACACGCAAACUCGGUGUUUCAGUUGUGCACAAACAAAAGAUUCGUCUUUCGCAUUCCCUUCGGUAUAAUGUAUCUUGGAAAAAUACUGUUCGUGUCUACCGAAGCAUGAGGCAGAAUAUUAUGUUCCUAUAUUAAUGUCUAAGCAUCUUUUUCGUGUGCUGUAAAUUUUUUAUUAGAUAUGUAUAUGACGAAUCGACUUGUUACAUUGUACGAUUAUCCUAAAACGAUUAACCGGAUAAUUUGUCGUUUGGCAAUUGUGGAUGCGCCUUUCCAUUUUGGCGAUGGGGGUCUUUCGACGAGAAACGGUGUUUGGCCUCGUCGUCGAAUGUUGAGACGAGAAGGCGAAGAAGACGAAGAAGAAGAAAGCAUCUUUCAUUGCUUUGAAAAUUUUAUCCGAGCGAGAAUACUGAGCGCUGUCGAGUAGAGCGUCGGUAAAUGGAGACAAAAUAUAAAAAAAUUUUAAUAAGCAAAUUCACGUAUACGAAUUGUAAAUUAUUCUUGACAAGUUUGAUAUCAAUUGUAGUUUUCAAAGUGAAGAAAGUUGCCUAUAAAUCCCAGCUGAGAAUUAAAAAGAAAUGAUAUUAAUGCUCAGCGCAGAUUUUUAAGAAAAAGAAUGCUCGAUAAUCUGUGCGCGUGAUGAAGCAUUUUAAAGAGAUCGCGAAGGAUGGAAAAAUAUGUGAAUAACGAGAGAGAAAGAGAUUGUCUGAUGUAUGCGUGUAGAGAUCAUCAACGACGAAGAUUAUAAAGAAAAAAGUAUCUUGUUGUUAGGAAAGUUUACGAAACGCAUGUCAAUUGUUCUCCCCUUCAGAUGUGUAUAAAUUUAUAGGCUGCGUGUUGUUCACGUAAAGGAGAUUCGCUAUUGCGCGACACCGUUCGAACUCUCGCUCGUUACGUAUGUUUUUUGAUAAUUUACUUGUUCGACAUUGGCUGCGCUAGUGGUGUAAUCAACAAAGACAAGCAUGUAAGCUCUACGACGAGAUAAAUCCCUCCAAUAUCGCUGCGUGGAUAACAAAAAGUUAUCAGGUACACCGUGAGGAUACACACACAACAUUUUCGAGCUCGUAUAUUUAUAGACGAUAUUAUUAGAGAAGUAUUGAUGCGUUUUAUACACGUUAUUUCUACGAAUUCAUUCAUUGUCUGAAAAUCACGUUUGAUGAGAUUUGUUUUUCACGAUGGUGUACACGCAAACAACAGCUUCGCGGACUGCGCUUACAAAUGUAUAAAUAAUUUCAUAUGAUUUUCGCUCGGCUAUGAAACCGUGAAAACAAGACAAAAUGUAUGCUCGUUAUUUUCGUACUUGAAGGCGCGCAAUCGACGAAGGCAUCGCAAACAAAAUCCUGUUAUUGUUUUUGUUUUUGAAGCAGCCACUAUAUAUUACGCUCACAGCGUGAUAUCAAAAGGAAAAGCUUGACUAUCGACUGACGUAUAAGAAUAUACGCACACUCCAGGUGUAUAUGUACAUCUGUUGAAAUCAAAGAAUACCAAUCGUUUGAAAAACCAUUUGUAUAAGCUCGAUCUAGUGAAAUAACGAACGGACUUGAUCGCCAUUCAUCGGACAAGCAGAGGAGAUGCAGAGCCCAAUAUUCUCCGGUUUUCAAGGUUACAAGCAACUCGACGCGCAUCAUUGACAAGGCUCAAGGAUUUGUGUUUACACCUCGCUGUGUCGCAUCACGAAUACCAUUCAAAUUGUACUUGUCAUCAAACGACCAAUGCUGUCCUUGUCGUUCGCAAUUAGGUUCGUUGGAAACACAAUUCUUCGUUACUUUCGUCAACAAGAUCUAGCGCGACGAGUGUGGCGUAAAUAGCUUGUAGCUUAAGACAAUGGCGAUUUCGCACAUCUUUGGAUGUCGACUUGUCUGUCGAUCGACCAACCCGAUUAGGGAUUCUGUGCCAGACAGUUGUAGCUCAAUCUGGACAAGGAAUUGUCACCUAAGUGUCAACAUCAUUGGGAGGGAGGGAGGUAGGUAGGAAGAGAUGAGUCUUCGUAGUGAGCGAAAGUUUAGCGUAUCAACAUCAAUGAUCGGCAGAGAACAAGCGGAAGAGCCAAAAAACUCUUCAUGUUACGCAACGUACGAACAUUUUAUGGCGUACACAGUGCGUGUAGCCAUGUACCUGUGCAACAUGUACUUAUACAUCUCAAGUCUUCAAUGAAUACAUUGUUUUACAAAUGCGAACGUGUAAUAAAUUAAUAAA